AUGCCAAUCAAUGGAGGCAAAAAGAACAAGAUACCGGCAGCGCUACAGCUGGAUCCAGAUGAGGUAGACAAGCGCGAUACCGACUACAAUGAUUAUCGAGUGUUCCAAGGUCGUCAGUUCCGUGUUUCGGCCAAGGAUGAGGCCGCUUUUGAACAGCUUCGUCUACUAAAUUUAGCGAAUAGUACUAGGCGCACCAAGCGGAAUCGUGUUAUGAGAGAGCAGCGGUCGGAUGAUGAAGAGAACAACUAUGAGGAAACGUCAGAGAAACAGAAGAAAGCAGAACGAGAUCGAGCUGUCGCAGCUGAAAAACGCAAAAAAGCAGCGGAAGAGAAAAGAGAAGCGACAUGGAUUGCGAAUGGUGAGAACAUGAAAUCGCUUGUUGCUAACAACCACACGAAUGGCAUACGGAGCUUCUUCUUUGGUUCAAGGGCCAAGCGGCUCGUACCCGUUCAAGCAAUCAAUGUGACCCCCUCGUUUAACUCUCAUCCUGAUCAAGGACGUUCACUUAAUCGAGACCCUCCCCGACCAGAAAGAUUUGUUAACGGUAGCGAUGGUAUUGAAAUAGUGUAUGAAUCCGGUCCCUCUUUCACAUCAAAGGACAGCCCUAUUUCAUCCCCAAGACUUUCGCAGUUUACCUCAUCCGCCUCCUCUAGAAGCAGCAAAGAACCGGAGGUGAUCAUAUUGGACUAA